AUGAGUGUGGAACCGCUUCUUACAACUAACAGGAACCCAGAAAACUACACAGAUGGGGGCGCAGAAGUUUCUGAGGUUAGAUCUGAGGAACUAGAUAGUGAAGGGGAGGAAGGAACAGCUGGUGAGCCGCCAUAUUUGUUGAGUAGAAAGUCUUCUUCAUUAUUUUGUUUGGAAGGAUCGCCACUACCUCCUCCCAACGGUGACGAUAUCUUGAAAUUUACGAGCGAUGAAUACCAUUUCAAUAUGAUUAGAAACCUACAUCUUGCCGACUGCGUUACUCUUAUGAACGGAUUUUCCGGAUAUUAUGCCAUAAUUAGUUGUUUACGAUUUACAUUAACUGGAAAAGAUCGAUACGUUCAGAGAGCCCAUUUAUUUAUCUUCCUCGGAAUGUGCUUUGACGUGCUUGAUGGUAAAGUUGCCAGACUAAGAAACAGAGCCUCGCUAAUGGGCCAGGAAUUAGAUUCACUAGCAGAUCUGGUCUCAUUUGGAAUUGCUCCCGCCUCUGUUGCCUUUGCUAUUGGUUUCCAAACAACGCUCGAUGUAUUUUUCUUGUCGUUCUUUGUCCUUUGCGGACUCACAAGACUCGCAAGGUUUAACGUCACGGUGAAUCAGAUUCCCAAAGAUAUUACAGGAAAAUCACGGUACUUUGAAGGGUUACCAAUUCCAACAAGCUUAUUCUUGGUUGCUGGGAUGGCAACUUUGGUUUAUUUCGAACGUAUCUCCACGGCUCUGCCGCUUGGGAUUAUAAGAGAAGGGAAGUACUUUGAGUUUCACCCUCUGGUUUUCGUUUUCUUUUUGCAUGGUUGUGCUUUCAUCUCAAAAAGUUUGAAGGUCCCCAAAUUAUGA